UCUUCUGGCAGAAAUGACUGCUGUCACUGCAGCCAACGUGAACUUCAAAUGGGACCCCAAAAGCCUGGAGAUAAGAACACUGGCAGUUGAAAGGCUGCUCGAGCCUCUUGUUACACAGGUAACAACACUGGUUAACACCAGCAACAAGGGCCCCUCCAAUAAAAAGCGAGGCCGUUCUAAAAAGGCCCAUGUCUUGGCUGCUUCAGUUGAGCAAGCAACAGAGAAUUUCCUGGAGAAAGGAGACAAAAUUGCAAAGGAGAGCCAGUUCCUGAAGGAGGAGCUAGUGGCAGCUGUGGAAGAUGUUCGGAAGCAAGGUGACAUGAUGAAGAGCGCGUCCGGGGAGUUCGCAGACGACCCCUGCUCGUCGGUGAAGCGCGGGAACAUGGUGCGGGCCGCGCGCGCCCUGCUCUCCGCCGUCACCCGCCUGCUCAUCCUGGCUGACAUGGCAGAUGUCUACAAGCUGCUGGUUCAGCUCAAAGUUGUGGAAGAUGGUAUUUUGAAGCUAAGAAAUGCUGGCACAGAGCAGGACUUGGGUAUCCAGUACAAAGCCCUCAAACCAGAAGUGGACAAGCUUAACAUAAUGGCAGCCAAAAGACAACAGGAGUUGAAAGAUGUGGGUCACCGCGAUCAGAUGGCGGCAGCCAGAGGAAUCCUGCAGAAGAACGUGCCCAUCUUGUACACGGCAUCCCAGGCCUGCCUGCAGCACCCUGACGUCGCUGCCUACAAAGCCAACAGGGACCUGAUCUACAAGCAGCUGCAGCAGGCGGUCAGCGGCAUCUCCAACGCCGCCCAGGCCACCGCCUCGGACGACGCUGCCCAGCAGCAGGGCGGGGGUGGAGAGCUGGCAUACGCCCUCAACAACUUCGAUAAACAAAUCAUCGUGGACCCCUCGACGUUCAGCGAGGAGCGGUUCCGGCCGUCCCUGGAGGAGCGGCUGGAGAGCAUCAUCAGCGGGGCAGCCCUGAUGGCCGACUCGUCCUGCACGCGCGACGACCGCCGCGAGCGCAUCGUGGCCGAGUGCAACGCCGUGCGCCAGGCCCUGCAGGACCUGCUCUCUGAGUACAUGGGCAAUGCUGGCCGCAAGGAGAGAAGCGAUGCCCUGAACUCUGCCAUUGACAAGAUGACCAAGAAGACCAGAGACCUGCGCAGACAGCUCCGCAAAGCUGUUAUGGACCAUGUUUCAGACUCUUUUCUGGAAACAAAUGUUCCUCUUUUAGUAUUGAUUGAAGCUGCCAAGAAUGGGAAUGAAAAAGAAGUUAAAGAAUAUGCCCAGGUUUUCCGUGAACAUGCCAACAAAUUGAUUGAGGUUGCCAACUUGGCCUGCUCCAUCUCCAACAACGAGGAAGGUGUGAAGCUGGUUCGCAUGUCAGCCAGCCAACUGGAGGCCCUGUGUCCCCAGGUUAUCAACGCUGCACUGGCUCUGGCUGCUAAGCCCCAAAGCAAGCUGGCUCAAGAAAACAUGGAUCUGUUCAAGGAGCAGUGGGAGAGGCAAGUGCGAGUGCUGACGGAUGCCGUGGAUGACAUCACCUCCAUCGAUGAUUUCCUGGCUGUGUCAGAGAAUCACAUUUUAGAAGAUGUAAACAAAUGCGUCAUCGCUCUCCAAGAGAAAGACGUGGAUGGCUUAGACCGCACGGCCGGGGCAAUCCGGGGCCGCGCCGCUCGCGUCAUUCACGUGGUCACCUCCGAGAUGGACAACUACGAGCCUGGAGUGUACACUGAGAAGGUGCUGGAAGCAACCAAGUUACUGUCCAACACAGUCAUGCCGCGCUUCACGGAGCAAGUGGAAGCUGCAGUGGAAGCGCUGAGCUCCGACCCUGCCCAGCCCAUGGAUGAGAACGAGUUCAUCGACGCCUCGCGGCUGGUGUACGACGGCAUCCGCGACAUCAGGAAAGCCGUGCUGAUGAUCCGGACUCCUGAAGAGCUGGAUGAUUCUGACUUCGAGACCGAGGAUUUCGACGUCCGAAGCAGAACCAGUAUCCAGACUGAGGAUGAUCAGCUCAUUGCUGGACAGAGUGCAAGGGCUAUCAUGGCUCAGCUCCCUCAGGAGCAGAAAGCCAAGAUUGCUGAGCAGGUCGCCAGCUUCCAGGAGGAAAAGAGUAAAUUGGAUGCUGAAGUGUCAAAAUGGGAUGACAGUGGCAAUGACAUCAUUGUCCUGGCCAAACAGAUGUGUAUGAUUAUGAUGGAAAUGACAGACUUCACCAGGGGUAAAGGUCCUCUGAAGAACACGUCAGAUGUGAUUAGUGCAGCCAAGAAGAUCGCAGAGGCUGGGUCAAGGAUGGACAAGCUGGGCCGGACCAUUGCUGACCAUUGCCCAGACUCGGCGUGCAAGCAGGACCUGCUGGCCUACCUGCAGCGCAUCGCGCUCUACUGCCACCAGCUCAACAUCUGCAGCAAGGUGAAGGCCGAGGUGCAGAACCUGGGCGGGGAGCUCGUCGUGUCCGGGGUGGACAGCGCCAUGUCCCUGAUCCAGGCGGCCAAGAACCUGAUGAACGCCGUGGUGCAGACGGUCAAGGCCUCCUACGUGGCCUCCACCAAGUACCAGAAGUCCCAGGGCAUGGCCUCCCUCAACCUGCCGGCCGUCUCCUGGAAGAUGAAGGCUCCGGAGAAGAAACCCCUGGUCAAGAGGGAGAAGCAGGACGAGACCCAGACGAAAAUCAAGAGGGCAUCCCAGAAGAAGCACGUGAACCCCGUGCAGGCCCUCAGCGAGUUCAAGGCCAUGGAGAGUAUCUAGAGGCGAGCUCUGGCUCGGGGGUGUUUUUCUCUAGCCACUACUGCUACUUCCAGAACUCUACUUUUAAUACCCUAAGAAUUUUUCAAAAAUUUACUAUUCCUUCAAAUGUAUUUACUUAAUAUAAUUUUGAUAAUUGUGUUUAGAUUACCCAGGGAGAUACUCAAAUUUUUAAGUCCUAUCAGUAUAUCUUCAGCUUGCAGAAGUGUGGUAAUUUAGAUGGUUUUUAGAUUACAGGGGUGGAUUUCUAGCUGGAAACUGUUUUUUGUAAUCUUGCUUUAAAUGAAAUAUUCUAUAACCAAAGAGGAUUUUACAGUACAACUAACGGUUAACACUAAUACUGGAUCAUGCUACUCAGAGACUCACUUUAUCACAGUGAUUGAGAGACAAAAGUUAGAUUUUUUUACUCAAAAAAUCUUAAUGCAAGUAUUGUAUGUGCUAGUGUAUCUCUGUGGGGGUGGAGAGGGAGCAAGCUCAGGAGUCUGGAAUUCCAGCAGGCACCGGCUGUGUGAGCACAACUGGAAAACAGCUGGAAAACCGCUCCACCCGUGCUGGGUUUUGCUGAGGACGGUGUUCGGAGCUGGGCUCGGCGGUGCCCCGGGGCUGUGAUGCUGCUUUUCCUGGGCUGCCCCGGAGCCCUCUGGGCAUUUCCCCAAAAAAUUCCUUAGAAACCCUGGUGGCACCGCUCCCUCGGAGGGGCUCCGCUGCUGCCGGGGAGCUCCCGGGGCCGAUCCCUGUGGAAACCUCCCCCGGUGUGCUUGUAAUGCCUGCUUACAAAUUACUAAUGUGUUUUGCUGCGGGACACUAAUAAAGUUGCUUUUCCCAGCUGGUUCAUUGUGGUGCUGUGAAUGGAGCGGGGCCCAGCCCGCCCCUCGCCCCCCCCUCGCCAUUCAGAUGCAAAUCAGCUUUGUGCUCAUUCCUCAUAAUUGCUCUGCAUCCCGCCUUGGGCUUCCAGAGGCACCCAGGAAAUCGUGUUUGCUCAGGCUGCAAUUUAGACUGUACAUUAUUUGUGAUAACUAUAGCUACAAGGUAUAAUUUCGCUGUCUUAUUUAAAUUUUAUGAAUUUCAGUGUGUUUCACACAUCCCAGUCGAGUCGGGUGCAGGGAAGCGGUGCCUGUUCCUGUGGAGCUGGAAAAGCCUGGGCUGCAGUCAAUGUCUAAAGUGCAGCUCCAUUUUAGAGCUGAGCCUUGGCACUGAAAUGUUAUAAUUUUAUUUAUCUCAAUCAGCUCAUAAUUUACUGUAUUAAGGUUAUUGCUGUCGUGUUACUGUAAUGCCGGUCGGAAUUAAGCUAAAUAGUUUUUUGAGAUAUUUUUGCCAAAUGUAUUAUGUUUUCAAGCA